AUGCUUAAGAGAAGGGGAGGACUUAUCAACCCAAAUUACAUUGAACUCUGCUGCAUAUGGGAGGAGGAGCAGUCUGUAUCUACCAUUUUCGACUCGGUCGUCCGUAUCGACAAGACUUCUAGUCGUCACUCCACACGUCCCGGACGGAAAGCAUAUGCUUUCUUCCACACGAUCGCGCGAGAUACGCUCCACUCGAUUUGCCAGAGGCUCAUUCGGAUUCCAAAUUGUCGUUGUUCAGCAGCAGUAUUCCUCAUCUGCGUCCCAAUGUUCUGGUCUCCAAGCAACAUUGCCCAAUUUCUAUCGCUUUUUAGCCUCUCGGCACAAGACUCGACUGGUGGAGGUGUCCUUGUUUGA